AUGUCGGAUCACAUGGCAGCUGCACGGCAAUUAUCUGAGCUCUGCGGUGACAGAUCAGCAGCACAACUGCCUUAUUUUGUUUAUGGAAACACUUUGAAGAAAGGCCUCAUGCCACAGUGCGUGAUCACAGCCGCCGGCAGGGAGCCAAACGGCCUUCACGUCCCAUCGAUGGGUGAGGCGGAUGAGGGUACGUGACUAAACAUCUCGCUUCCUCUUUCCAACGUCACAUGGACUUGCACAAACAUAUCCUGCUUUGUGUCUGCAGGUUACAGACGCAUUGCCUCACCCACAGCCCGAGGCUAA